AUGACCACCAGCAGCAUGGACAUGGACUGUGAGAGGUGCCAGUGCAACAGCGAAGACAAGCACACCGCCAUCCUCUACACCCUCCUCAGUCAGAACCUCAACCACAGCCGGGGUGGCCGCAGCUCAGCCCAGCAGCGCUGCCUCUGCCACCAGCGCCGCACCGUCUGCCUCCGCACACCCCAUAUCACCUGCCAGGCGGCCUCCAACGUGCUGGUAAAAACCAUCAGCUUCAUGAAAAACCUCCCUGCCUUCCAGCUGCUGCCGCGAGAGGAUCAACUCCUGCUGCUGGACAGCUGCUGGGUUCCCCUCUUCCUCCUGGGACUGGUACAGGAGAUGGUGACCUUCGAGGUGAUGGAGACCCCGGCCCCCAGCAUGCUCAAGAAGAUCCUCCUUGAUGGCCAAAGUAAACAGCAGGAGCCUGAGCGGACGCAGCCCACGCUGGCUGCCGUGCAGCGGCUGCAGUGCUGCCUCAACGCCUUUUGGAGGCUGGACCUGAGCCCCAAGGAAUACGCCUACCUGAAGGGAGCCAUUCUCUUCAAUCCCAAUGUUCCUGGGCUGAAAGCCGCCCUGUACAUCGAGAGCCUCCAGCGGGAAGCCCAGAGAGCACUUCAGGAAGUCCUCCAGCCCCUGCACCCCGAGGACCAGGGCCGCUUUGCCCACAUUUUGCUAGUCUCCUCCACCUUAAAAUCGAUCCCUCCCACCCUCAUCACGGAUCUCUUCUUCCGACCCAUCAUUGGCAAUGCGGACAUUGUUGAGCUCAUCGUGGAAAUGCUGUAUGAAAUAACCAGCAGGCAGCUGGCUCCGGCAGCACGCAUGGCGUGCUGA